AUGUCUCAAUAUUCGCACAAUCCAUUCCUCACAAAUACACCAAAAUCAUCGCCGAUCAAAGGAGGCAAGAAAACAAUAUCAACACCAGGGAGUAUUGUUACUCCACUUAUCACAGAUAACUCAUCAUCUUUAGAAGAUAAAAUCACCUCUAUCAAUACCAAUAGUAGUAGAAGCAACAGCAACAGCACAAGUUCUCAUAGUAGUCCAAGAAAAAGAAUAUAUAAAAGACCUUCAUCACAAACAUUUGGUACCACAAACCUAUCAAAUUCACUGUUGUCUUCACCAACUAGAAGACCUAAAACUUCAUCUAGUACCAUCACAUAUUCCGAUAGAUUUAUCCCAACAAGAACUGAUAUUGGGCUAAAUUCUAUAAAGUCUAUAGCCAGUACUGUAUCUUUAACAAAAUUCAGUAAUUCUUCAAUUGACCAUGACGAUCAAGUAGUAUUUCAAAAAGAAAGACAAGCACACGAAACCUUCGAUACUAUUUUGAAAAAUGAAAUUUUUGGUGAUCUCUUAUCAAAAGAUAGUACAGAAAGUGGAAUUAACAAAAUCGAAAAUACCAAAACCAAAAUGAUAUAUAAUCAUGGCACUAAUGGUAACAGUAUCAAAAGAAAGGAACCUUCUACUCCAUCUCCAGAGAGACACAGCUCUUAUAUUAAUUUAAGUGAUACACCUAUAAGUGUUUCUAACGGAGUCCUCAUAGAUAAUGACAAUGAUAACAACAGUGACAGUGAUGAUGAUGGUAAUACUACUAAUAAUUCUGGCAAUUUUUAUGGUUAUAAUAGUGGUUCAAACUCAGAGAGAUUAAAUUCUGUACCAAUCACACCGAAAAAGUUGUUCUCUACAGAUAAUAUAUGUAAACCAUUUAGCAAUACAAAUCGAGGUGCUAGUAUUUUUACCUAUCAAGAACGUUCGCCUACUAAGAAGUCUUCUUUUGCAUCCAACUAUAUUAAAUCUUCACAAUUUAUGGAUCACAGAUCUCCAGUAAGGCCUGACUCUAAACAAUUAUUAUUAUCACCAAGUAAAAGUGUAAGAAAAAUUGCUAAAAUACCAUACAGAGUAUUGGAUGCACCAUCAUUAGCUGAUGAUUUUUAUUAUGAUUUAAUUGAUUGGUCUUCUACGGAUCUUUUAGCGGUAGCUUUGAAUAAAUCAAUUUUUUUAACUAACAAUAGCACAGGCGAAGUUAUACAUUUAUGCGACACAGAGGAUGAAUAUACAAGCUUAAGUUGGGUGGGAGCUGGCUCUCAUUUAGCAGUAGGACAGAAUAAUGGACUUAUUGAGAUAUAUGAUGUAACAAAGAAAAAAUGUAUUAGAACUUUAUCUGGCCAUGUAGACAGAGUUGCUUGUCUAUCAUGGAAUAAUUAUGUAUUGACAUCAGGUAGUCGUGAUCGGAAAAUCUUACAUAGAGAUGUUCGUACGGCUGAACCAUAUUUUCAACGUAUUGAAACACACCAACAAGAAGUAUGUGGUCUUAAAUGGAAUAUCAAUGAAAAUAAAUUGGCAUCGGGUGGUAAUGAUAAUAUUGUUAAUGUGUUUGACGGUGUAUCAAAAACUCCUUUUUUGACAUUAACAGAACAUAAAGCCGCUGUAAAAGCCAUGGCUUGGUCACCACAUAAAAGGAGUAUAUUAGCUACAGGUGGUGGUACUGCUGAUCGUCAUUUAAAGAUUUGGAACGUGACUAAUCAGACAAAAAUCAAUGAUGUUGAUACGAAUUCCCAGAUUUGUAACAUGCUAUGGUCUAAGAAUACUGAUGAAAUUAUUACAUCACAUGGCUAUUCUAAAUUCAAUCUUACUGUCUGGGAUUGUCCAACAUUAGAUCCAAUAGCCAUUUUAAAAGGCCACUCAUUUAGAGUCUUACACUUAACCUUAUCGGCGGAUGGUACAACUGUGGUUUCUGGCGCUGGAGAUGAAACAUUACGUUACUGGAAAUUAUUUGAUAAAUUAAAGUUUCAACCACAGAUAGACUCUCCAAUCUUUAGUUCACUAAAUCAGAUUAGAUGA